ACCGAAAAAGGGUUACAUCCUUAGAAGACCUCAAUCGGUUUGCAGUGGAAUACUACCACAACCAACUUCUGAUUGAUAAAGCGGGUGCGUCAGCGAUGCAGUAUCUCAAGCACCGGGGUGUCCAAUUGAAAACGCUCCGUUCCUUCCAGUUGGGCUACGCAAAAUCUGGGCGACGCGAUCUUAUUAAAGUCGCGACAGAUAAAGGCUUUACUAUCCAGCAACUCAUUGAUGCUGGGCUAAUUAAGGAUGAAGAUCGGGGUCCGCAGGAUCGGUUUUGGAACAGGGUUCUUUUUCCGAUUUACAAUGAACGCGGGGUACCCGUCGGCUUUGGCGGGCGCUCGCUCUCUGAAGAACAUCAGCCAAAGUAUUUGAAUUCUCCGGCGACAGUUUUAUAUGAUAAGAGUAAUAUCCUUUACAACCUCGACAAAGCACGCCAAUCUAUCUACAAAAAGCAGCACGUGCUUCUUGUAGAAGGCUAUAUGGACGUUUUGAUGCUUUUGCAGUCUGGGAUUGAGAAUGUAGUGGCGUCCUCCGGGACCGCGUUGAGUGAAAAUCAUGCGAAAUUAUUGAAGCGGUUUGCCUCCGACGAAGUUAUCAUUGUCUACGACGGAGAUGCCUCCGGUUUCCAAGCCGCACAACGCGGGUUGCACCGACUGCUCGCAGAGGGGUUGCGGGUGCGCAUUGCACUCUUGCCUGCGGGGGAAGAUCCAGACUCAUUUGCGCGACAACACGGGGCUGCCGCGUUCACAGAACUCACAGACAAAGCGAUAAAUCUCAUUGAAUUUCAGAUUCAAGCUGCCAUCCAACGGCAUGACAUUCAUCGGGUUGAUGUGAAAACACAAGUCGUCAAAGAAGUUGUCGAGACGCUCCUGAACCUCAAGAAUCGAGUAGAGCGGAACGAAUACGUCAAAUACGCUGCAAGGGAACUCCAUGUAGAGGAGCCUGUGCUUUGGCAGGAAUUGCGAGAUGCCGGGUUCAAGGAGACCCCUAUUUCCAGUCAGCAGAGGCGAACCAAGAUAAAUAACCAAAGAUUGACACCCCGCGCACAAAUUGAACGUCAAUUGAUUGAAGCAUUGAUCCAAAAUCCGGCGUUAAUUUCCUAUGUCAAAUCUCGGUUCCAUUAUGAAAGUUUCACGGAACCCCGCUUUGUUGGAAUCGCAGAGUUGCUGUGGGAAGCUUGUACAGACGAUGAGAAUGUAGAUAUCCAAACCCUAAUUAAUGAAUGCCCUGACGAAAAACUAAGCGCGUUUAUUUCAGGUGUAAUUCUACAGAGAAUGCCUCCACCGAAUCUACUACAGGCACGGGUGGAGGGGUGUCUUAAAAAACUACGGCAUUUCCUCUCACAAGAUCUUGAACAGCGUGUUCGCUCGCACGCCCUCGCUGAAGGGGCAGAUGAAAUGGAAACCCUUGGGGAGUUGGUGAAACUCUCGAACGAAAGACGUGCCUUACGCGAUCGAGAUAUUGUGGACACUCGUGGUGAAAACCCAAAUGAAGGAAGGAGUUGAUGAUGGAUUUCAAAGAUCAUUCCGCUCUUGAUUAUCUGGAUGCCGAGAGAACUGAUGAACUCGGAUACGAAGAUGACAUGGCUGAAAUAGCCACAGCAGGCACAAGUUACACGGACGAUUCUGUGAAGGUGUAUAUGCGCGAGAUGGGGAAAUUUCAACUGCUUGAUAAGAAGCAAGAGGUUGAACUCGCUAAGCAGAUUGAGGCGGGACAUCAGACGGCUCAUGAGGCAACCUUCGGCACAGCACUGGCUAUUACUGAAGUUCGGAAACUUCUCUAUAAAAUCGUCACGGCUAAAAAGCGUGCCUCUGAUAUUAUCGAUAUGCCUGUUUCCAGUACCUCGACCCAGCAUAAGGAACGCAAAUUACGCGAACAGGUCAAGAAAGCGUUGGAUGUACUUGAAAACUUGGAGAUGGAACGUCUCACCGCUACCCCGCCUUCCGCGGCUGAAAACGGAGGGAAAACCGGAGGGAAAACCGGAGGGAAAUCGAAAACCCGUACCAAUCUCAUUAAGACGCUCGAAGAACUUAAGAUUGACCGAGAGGAGAUUAGCAAAAUUUCUGACCUCGUCAAACAAGCCGAGUAUCAGAUUAGCACUUGGGAAAGUGAAAUCCGGGGUAUUCAGCAGACACAUAAUAUCCCUGAUGAAUGGAUCAACGGAAGUAACGGAACUGAUCAUCAGUUUGAAACCGGCACGGUAAAAACUGCCUAUGUAAACAUUGUUCGUUUACAACGCAAUAUCCGACAGCACAUGACCGCAAUUGGUGUCCCACGGGAACGGCUCAAGACCCUCACACAGCAGAUUGACAAAGGUGAAUCCGAGGCGCAAGGCGCAAAAAUGGCGAUUGUUGAAGCAAACCUCCGACUGGUCGUCAGCAUCGCGAAGAGACAUAGGCACCGUGCAUCGGGACUCGAAUUUCUCGACUUAAUCCAGGAGGGAAACAUCGGCUUGAUGCGGGCAGUGGACAAAUUUGAUUACCAGCGCGGAUAUAAAUUUAGCACUUAUGCUACAUGGUGGAUUCGACAAGGUAUCACACGUGCUAUCGCUGACCAAGGACGCACUAUCCGCAUCCCUGUCCACAUGCACGAGCGAAUUAACAAAAUCAGACGUGUGCAACGUUCACUCUUACAGGAGUUAGGCACUGAACCAACGGCUGACGAGAUCGCCACCGAUCUCAGGAUUUCCAGCAAUAAGGUCACCGAAGCUUUGUCAGUCGCACCAGAAACUGCCUCUUUAGACACCCCAAUUGGUGAAGAGGAUGAGAACCCUCUCGGUGCUUUCAUUAUGGAUGUUGACUCUCCCUCCCCGGUACAGGAAGCCGAAUUAAAUAUACUCAAGGAGCAGAUUCAAGAAGUCCUUGGCGAUUUAAAUGAACGCGAAAGAAGGGUGAUUUCUCUCCGUUUUGGGAUUGAGGAUGGUUAUCCAAGGACGCUUGAGGAGGUCGGCAAUAUCUUUAAAGUAACACGCGAGCGAAUCCGACAAAUUGAGGCAAAGGCUCUUCGGAAGUUGCGACAUCCGAGGCGAAGCCGAAAACUCCGCGAUUUUGUUAAUUGA